AUGGCAGUCCACGAGACGAUGAAAGAACUCUCCCGGCCUACAUGUGUACAUGUAUUGGCCACCAUCCAGGGUACCCAACGAGCGGCUGAGGCACAUACUAGGCAUACAACAGAAAAGAUCUGUGAAGAGAAAAUGAGUUGCAAUUCACAUGUCAAUCACACUCUGUAUACAGUGGUGCGCAUGGAUCUUUUCUACGUCGCCCAGAUUGUCAUAGCAGGAGAGAAGCGUCGUGCACGAGCAACGCCAGCAACGCCAGCAACGCCAAAGUCGAGCUCGUCGAUCUGUCCAACCGCAGUCUUCACCUUUGCAGAUUCUCUCAGCGAUGGCGGCAACCGCGACAUUGAAGCCGGUGGCGGCAAGACUUUAUCGGGCAGGUACCCAUACGGGAUCACCUACGGGAAGCCCACUGGACGCUACUGCGACGGGCUCGUCAUCCCCGACCUCCUGCUCCAGAAGCUCCGCCUCGACAACCUUGGAACUCCCAGCCUCAAGUACAAUGGCACCGAGUUCGAGAGCCUCAACUUUGGAUACGCCGGAGCCACGGUGAUCAAGGUCGAGAACCAGCCAUACUCGAGCCCACAUGUCUUGUCCGCCCAGGUUGACGACUUCGUGCGCCACCAGGAGUUUGUCGAGGGUCGAUAUGGUCGCCAGGCGAGCAAACCAUGGUACGAGAAUGCACUCUACUCGGUCGAGAUUGGAGGGGACGAUAUCAACUUUGGUUUGCCACUGGGAGGCGGCCACGUGAUCAAUGUCACCAUCCCGGCCGUGAUCCAAGGCCUGGCCGAUGGAAUUCAGAAGCUAUAUGCUCACGGAGCUCGUCAUGUUGUGCUCUACAACAUGCCCCGUGCCGAUUGCUCUCCAAACUAUCUCCAAUCUUUCCAACAGUACCCCGCUGGUACAUUCCACUAUGACAAGGAUGGUUGCAUUGUUGAGAUUGCCCAGAUUAUCUCCUACUUCAACACCAACAUCCAGAGGCUGACGGAGGAGCUGACGCAAAAAUACCAAGGUCUCACUGUCUAUUAUUUCGAUUGGUUUGCAGCAAACACCUAUGUUUUGGAGAAUAUGAAGGAGUUUGGUUUCACGAACUCACUCCAGUCAUGCUGCGGUGGAGGUGGCAAAUUUAACUGUGAUGGUGAGGGUCUUUGCGGGUGUGCUCCACUGAACCAGACCAAUGCUGUUUACACGGUGUGUAAGGAUCCCAGCAAGUAUUUCACUUUUGAUGGCAUUCACUACACAGAGCACUUUUACGAGAUCAUGUCCGAAUAUAUCAUGGCUGGAGAGUACAUCACACCAAAGGUGAAGCUGGAAAUGGGUUGCAAGAUCGUCACCGUACCAGAAAGUCCUCUUUGA